AUGAUCAACAUUCUAGAAAAGGCAGAUGUGUUCCGCUACCCAGGUGUCGAGGAAGAACUCCGUCGGAAUUUGCAGGCGCGGGGCAAGAAUUAUAACAUCGGGAGUAGUAGCACUAGUAGCAAUAGUAAUAAUGCGGGGAAAUCGGGGACAGCCCAAGCGAGUAGAGCGUGGGGGUAUGAAGAGAGGCAGCGACGCGAUGAGGCGGCGGGGAUACUGGAGAGUGAGGAGAUGGUGAUGUGGAUUGCGGGGGUGAGGAAUGAGAGUAUAACGCAGACGCGGGCGUAUUAUCGGAAUGUACUGCUUGGGCUGGAGACGUGCGCGAAGGAUGCGCUUGUUUGGCGGGAUGAGUGGGAGGGGACGCAGCAGCAGCAGGGUCGUGAUGGGGAGGGGUCGGGGAGUCCUGGGAGGAGCGGGAAGGGGAAGGAGAGGGAGAUUGCGAAGAUGAGGAAGAGGGUGAGUUUGGGGGUGGGACAGUAG